GUGGAAUCUGCUCUUAAAGAUCAUCUUGUCGUGAGUUCUACGGAGUUCUAUUAGUUAUGGAGUCACAGAAGAAAAAGCAUUCCUUUCCGGAAUUAUCAGAAAACGAAAAGAAGCUGAUAGAUGCAAUAAACAGAGGUGCUAUACAGGAGGUCAAAAUCUUGUUGCAGGAGAAAGAUGUUAAGUUUGACUGUCUUGAUGAGUCUGGGAUGACGCCAUUGCAGCAUGCGGCAUUCAGAGGGAAAUAUGACGUAGCAGAGCUAUUGCUAAGUGUUGGAUCGAAUGUUAACUCUAACCAUCACGAGAAUGGAUACUCUGCCCUCAUGUUUGCUGCUCUAUCAGGAAAUCCAGAGGUGACAAGAUUGAUGCUACAAAAUGGGGCCAAAAAAGACACUAUAAACUCUGUUGGGAGAAACGCUGCACAAAUGGCAGCCUUUGUUGGACAACACCAGUGUGUGGCAGUGAUCAACAAUUACUAUGACAAACAUGACCUAGAAUAUUACACCAUACCAAGGGGGCAAGAGAAAGAACCAAAGUUACCAGAAAGGGUCCUACCAUCAUUACUUGAACUGCUUAAUAUGUCCAACAUGCACCCUGUUAAGAUCUCACAACACUUAAAGAAACAUACUAUACUGAUGAAUGAAAGCUACAAAGUGUGUAAAGUUUUAGAUCAUAUAUGUGAGAAAGCUAUGAAAUCUCGGGACACUGACGAUGUCAUGGCGAUGAAAGCACACUAUUUCGCUACUGUGAUACGCAAAGCCAAGGAUGAACCCAGUCUUGAUGACUGGAUCAAAAAGUUAGUGAGGGGAAGAGUAACUGAUGGUCAUCCAGAGUUUCAGGACCAACUUAUAAGACAAGCAUUGAAAGAAUUUCCUUACGUAGAGUCUCAACUCCUACAGAAUAUGGUCAGACAGUUGUCAGGUACAAGAAUUGGUGAUCAUCCAACUUCACUGAACAUACUAAACCAGGGAGUAAACGGACAGAAGUUCAGCUUUGAUGAAGAUGAAGAUUGUACAACAUGCGGGGAACCAAAAUCAAAGAAAUGUUCUGCUUGUAAAAUGGCACACUACUGUAGUCAAGACUGUCAGAAACUACACUGGUUUGUACACAAGAAAUUCUGCAAGAAGUUAGCAGAACAAUACAAGAGACUUGAGAAAAUGAAAGAAGAGAACAAAAACUUGGAGGAAGGAGAAAAACAAACAAAUGGAGAAACAAAGGAGAACAAAGGAGGAGCCAAAUCAAAAACAGGAGCUAAGGAAGAGUCAGACGGUCACACCAGUUUUCUGAGUGGUCAUCCAGGUGCUUCUCAGUUGUUAGGAACUGGUGAGGAAGAGGAUUCUGUGCCAGAUAUCAAUAAAUUCCUUGAUGAUCCAGAAAUCGUCAGACUUUUCCAGGACCCGAGUGUUGCAAAAGCAUUCAAGGAAGUGAAUGAUGAUCCUGCAAACAUUUCUAAAUACCAAGACAAUGAGAAAAUACAGGAGAUCAUUCAGAAAAUACCCAAGAAGUUGAGUGAAUUUAAGGCUGCCAUGGCAGGUGAUGGAGCGAAGACAACAGCUGGGAAAUCUGAGGGAGCAACAGGGGGUGUCCCUGAAGCAGGGGCUGGAAAAUCUGAGGGAGCAACAGGGGGUGUCCCUGAAGCAGGGGAUGGAAAAUCUGAGGGAGCAAAAGGGGGUGUCCCUGAAGCAGGGGAUACCUCUUAGCCUAAGAUUUUAAAGAUAAAACAUGUACAUGGUCAAAGAUAUUGGUGUCUAUACUUGCACUUGAAAGGGAAUUUCUGGUUAUUUCUUAACAUCAGCUACAGUCCAGGAGAAUAUUUUUCAGAAUAUUGAAACAUAUUGUGAAAAAUUCUAGUGACAUCGAGGUCGCCAUGUUUUGAAAGUAUGUUAAGGAGAAUUGAUAAUUUAUAUAAAUUUGUUCUGAAAAUAUGGAAAAAAAGACAGAUGAAAUGAAAAGAUCUAGUAUACUUAAUAUAUUGAAAGCAGGAAAUCCACAGUUUAAAGGCACUGGCCUCCAGAUUGUUUGAAAAAACAAAAACAAAAGAUCUUUUUAGAUGUCUGGAAAUUAAUGCUGUAUUCUUAAGCUUUGAAAUUUAAUUACUGACGGACUACAUGUUACGGAAACAAAUGAGAAUUAGUUGUUUUUAGCUCAACUAUACGAAGUAUGUAGAGCUAUCCUACUCGACCUGGCGUCGGCAUCGGCGCCGGCGUCCUUCCGCGUCCACACUUUGGUUAAAGUUUUGAUGCACUUCCUCUUUAUCUGUGUUAUUACUGAAUAGAUUUGAUUCAAACUUAAAAUAAUUGUUCCACAUCAUCACCCACAUCAUAUGACACAAGGUCCAUAACUCUGGCACCAUUUUUUCAUGAAUUAUGCCCCCUUUUUACUUAGAAUUUUAUGUUAAUUUUGAUGCAUUUUAACUAUAUCUCUGUUAUUUCACAAGGGAUUUGAUUCAGACUUAAAAUAAUUAUUCAUUAUCACCACCUACAUCAUUUGACACAAGGGCCAUAACUGUGACAACUGUAUUUUAUGAGUUAUCCCCCUUUUGUACUUAAAAUUUCAGGUUAAAAUUUUGAUGCACUUUCACUUCAUCUCUGUUAUUACGAAAUGGAUUUGAUUCAAACUUAGAAUAGUUGUACUACAUCAUCAUCCACAUCAUAUGAUACAAGGGCCGUAACUCUUCCACCAAUAUUUCAUGAACUAUGCCCCCUUUUUACUUAGAAUUUCAGGUUAAUUGUGGUGCACUUUCACUAUAUCUUUGUCUUAACUUAAUGAAUUUGAUUAAAACUUAAAUUAGUUUUUCCAGAUCCUCGUCAUAUGGCACAAGGUCAGUCACGCUGGCACAAAUGUUUUAUGAGUUAUAUCUCCGUUUUACUUAGAGUUAGUUUAAUUUUGAUGCUUUUUAUAUCUCUGCUGAAUUUAAUCAAACUUAAAAUUGUUGUUCCACAUAUCACUCACAUCAUACAACACAAGUUAGAUAAUGCCGGCACCAGUACGUUCUGAGUUAUGCGCUCUUUUUACUAAUAGAAUUUUCAGUUCAAGUUGCGAUGCACUUUUGCUGUAUCUCCAGUAUUACUAAAUAGAUUUGAUUAAAGCUUAAGUAGUUGUUCUGAAUUAUUUUCAUCUACAUUUGAGUCAUUAAACACUCCAGUGACAGUUCCAGCUUCCUCAGAUGUACCCAAUUUCACUAUCCAGCAUCGAAAUAGUCGAGCGGGCUGUCUCAUGUGACAGCUCUUGUUACUACUUUUUACAAUGAAAAUCAAAAAGCGUUUGUAAUGCUUAAAUGGAGGUCAAUUGCCCCGAUUAUAAAUAUCUAUAUUUAACAUGCAUUGAACGCUAAAUCCUCCAUUGUGUUAUUGGAAGCGACAGCGGAAAACUUCUUCAUUACUGGAGGGUCCGGGUUUGAUUCCCGACGCGGUCAUCUUCUUUCCUUGAUUUGGCAUUUUUAAAUAAUUAAGAAACAAAAACUCAUAUUCUAAUGUUCAUAAUAUGACCAAACUUCAGUUUGAAAAAAAGAUAUUUUUUUUUAGCCAAAAUCUGGAGGUCAGUGCCUUUAAGACCUAAACGUUAUAUCUGGUGAAUUUUGUUACACGCAUUAUAUAGAAAUAUUAAGAUUAUUUCAUACAUAUCAUAAUGCUAACAGCAUGAAGGCAUUAAGUAUUGCCAUUUGGUGAGGUUGAUAUGAGAAUUUAUCGACCUCGGAAAAGUGAUAUCAGUAAAUCCUCAUAUUGACUGAACCUUAAAGGCAACAGUUGUUUUAUUUUUAAAUCCAACAACUUGAAGGCAACUUCUGAGUUAGGGUUGCAACAGUCGAAGAGGCUGGUAUUAUUUUCUUGUGUUAUGGUUGUAAAUUGUGUAUGUUGUGACAUUUUAAGAUGUCACAUCCUAGAACAGUAUGAUUUUUUGGCUUCGCCCUUGGACAGUAUGACCUUUUGGCUCCGCCCUUGGACAGUAUGACUUUUUAUUAGUAAUCCUGUGACUGUAUUUAAACCAAUAGAAAUGAUUAUAAAUAUGCUUCAAAAAUAGAAAACGUUAUUAACCCUUACCAUGCUGGACACAAUUGAUUUUGCCUUUGCAACCAGUGUAGAUCAUGAUCAGCCUGCACAUCCAUGCACUGUUCGCUAUUCAGCCAGUAUAUUUUUAGUAGGCACCCCUUUUAACAGUUAAUGGUACUGUCCACAUCGGAAGCUGGACAUGGUCAUUAUAGAAAUUUAGCAGGGUAAGGGUUAAUAGUCGUCAGUGAUUGUGACCUUGUUUCAGGUCUAGAACAAAGGUUGUUUUAUUGUUGUUUUAUACUUCAAGUGAAAUAGCAUGAUUAUUUUCCAAUGGAAUUGGGCUAUGCUGAUUUUAUAUGUAACAUCCAAGACAUACGGGACCAAUUCCAACAUUCUCUGACCCUAACAUUCAACAUCUCUGUUUUUCUUAACAAUAGACAUGUACCUGAAAAUAGUUGUACUUUUCAACUUAACAUGAUAUUAUGCAUUAAUUAAGACAUCAUUCUUAUUGUGAAAAAAUAGCAUUUCAGCAAUCAUGAAAUUUAGUGGUUUCCAUACCUACACAAAACAGGACGUUUUAUGGGAUCACCCGCGUUGGCCCAGCAACGGGCAACAUGCAUCACAAAAGUAACCAAUUCUCUAACUUGAGCAGUUCUUAUCAAAUGUUCAUGAAACUUGGUCAGAGUGUUUAUGGACAAAAUAUCUUGGCCAUGAUGGAUAAAGCAGCUGGAUCAUCAUUUUGACUCUGGAGUUAUUGCCCUUGAAUUACUCAAAAUGGCAAGAGUUACAUCCAUUUAAUUCAACAUGACAACUGACCUGCUCAGUAAAUGGAGUGUUUUAGAAUAAAUUAUUGUGAUGGUUGUAUCUUGUGACAGUUGUAUGAUGGAAAGGUGGCUAAUAAAUUUCACUCUUAGUAUAGGUAAUGGAUAAAUGUGAUAGGUCACAUAAGAGCAGACACAGUUGUCCAGGGGUUGUGAGCUCAAGUCCCAGCUCCUGCAUUUAGUAUCAGUAACAUUGGCAUAAAAGUCGUGUAUAUGGAUGAUUUACACCCGGCAUUCUAAAAAACCAGGGAAGCUAACAAAAGUGGAAUAUUUUCUGUAACUUGGCCUAUCCUCAAACUAAAAUCGCUAGCAGUCAUUUAGACGAGUCGCACAUAUGUUACUAGUAGCGACAUUAAAUAAGCUUAUAUUCAAACAAUCUUAACCAUAUAAAGUUGUGAUUUGAUAUACUGUGAAAUCAUUAAUAUUCGUGGGGGACUAAUUUUCGUCAAUUUUGUGGUUGAGUCAAUCCAGGAAAUUUAAUCCCAACAAACAAGUAAAAUUCCCAUUGAAAUCCACGAAUCCAUAUGCCCACAAAAUUUCUAUUUUGACCAAAACCACGAAAUUUCAUGCCCACGAAAUUAAAAUGAUUUUACAGUAUGUGGUUGGGUCAUCAUACUCGACAGAACAUAAAACAUUUGCAUCUUGAAAAAACAUUCCUGUUCCAUUUGUAACAAUAUUUCAUCUUCUUAUAAAAGAUGUAUCGUAUCUUGUGCCAUUUGAAUGUUUGCAAGAAGUGAAAAUUGGCAGCUGUUUUCCAGAAAGUUGAAAGUUGUAUUCAAUUAUCAUAUUCGACAUUUUAUGAAGUAUGGAGGGCUGUCCUAUUCGACCUGACAUCGGCAUUCUUCCGUGUCCACACCUUGGUUAAAGUUUUGAUGCACUUUCUUUUUAUCUCUGUAAUUACAUGAUGGAUUUGUUUCAAACCUAAAAUAGUUAUUCCACAUCAUCAUCCACAUUAUAUGGCACAAGGGUCAUAACUCUUGCACCAAAAUUGCAUGAGUUAUCUCCCCUUAGUACUUGGAAUUUCAAGUUAAAGUUUUUGUGCACUUUCACCCUUAUCUCAGUUAUUACUAAAUGGAUUUGAUUCAAACUUAAGUUAUUCCACAUUAUUAGUCACAUGAUAUGACACGUUACUCUUGCAGAAAUUUCCAAUGAAUUAUGUCCCUUUUAUACUUAUUUAAUGUUUUGAUACACUUUAUCUCUAUCUCUGUUAUUACUUAAUACUUUUGACACAGACUUAAAGUGGCAUUAUGUGCAUCUUACUGCACAUAGUGUGUUUUUGGUGAAUGUUUUAUAAAAGCAAUUUUUGGUUGCUGUGCAUUUAAAUGUGUUAAAUUAACAAUAAUACCGCAUAAGUAUUUGAAGUUGAUGAAAUAGAAAUAAGGAAAUCAGACUAAUAAAAUAAAAGUUCUUUCUUCAGAUCUUCUAUGCAGUGAUCUCCCUUACCUAUAGGUAGAGAUUUCUGAAGUUGAAGGGCAGCAACUCCUGCAUGCAGUUUGUCUUUUCUUAAAUGGACUGCCCCAGUCAAAAUUUGAAAAGUUAUUAUUUCAUAUUGGUAACAGGAAGAGUUUUGUGUUAAAAGCUAUAAUUUCCUCCACUUUUUUAUUUAUAAAAUCUAUUUCAGCUGGAUUUUUACUUGAACAAUGCGCAUAAUUCCACUUUAAGCUAUUGUCUAAUAUCUCCAUCCACACACUCCAGUGACAGCUACAGCUUUCUCAGAUGUGCCCUAUUUCACUAUUUAUUAUUGAAAUAGUCGAGAGCGUGCUGUCUCCUGUGACAGCUCUUGUUGUGUUGUGUAGGCAAAUGUCAAUUACAACUAUUGUAGUUGGGGUUAUUCACCGGUGCCAUUGACCUGUAUAUACUGCCAUUCCUGUCUGUACAGCAGACUAAUCUUGAUGGCUUAGGAAAGCAACAAGACAAACAUGCAAUAAACAUCAAAUUACUGGCUCUGUAAUCAGUCAUAUAGCUUGUUUAUUUCUGUUAGUUCAUCUUGUUCAUGUUUCCAUUCAUGUCUUUGUUACACAGUUAAAGUUUGUAUACAUCAGUGUUUAAGGUUGUUGUAAAUAACUGAAAAAUUUACUUUGAAAUUGUUUUAGCAGUUUUCUUGUUUUAUAUUGUUAAUGAAAUAGAUAAUUAUAUGUGUAUUAUGUGUAUGUAAUAAAACAAUUAUUAGAUUUUCAUUGAGAAAUAUUGUUUAUGAAAUAGUUUGUUCUUACAAAUGGUCUGGUCUUAUGUAUUGACUAGAAUAUGCUGUAGUAAGAAAAACUGCAAAGUUUAUGAUCACAGAACUUUUACUGUAUUGUAUGGUGAUUUUUUAACAUGUGUUAGUGCCUUGAUUUCUUUGGCUUUAUGUUCUGUUGAUUUUUGUCAUGCCGGAUGUACCUGUUCCAGAAUUGUUUGACUUGUUGGUAUAUUAAAACGUUUUUUAUUCACUGACUAAAUUAUUUUAAUGUACAGGUGGCAGUAUUAUUUUAUUUAGAAACUUGUAUUAGAAUUAUGAAUAUUUAGAGAGAAAUGUGCUUUUUCUUUUUAAUUGACACAUCUGUUGUUUAAUUGUAUUACUGAAUUUCGGUGUUGUUGUAUGCCUUUUUCUCGUUGAUUCGAGCUUUCUCAUCGAUUCGAGCCCUUGUGUUUUAGUAAAAUUCAUGCUCAUGUAAUAUGUUUUUCCAUCAGAAACUUGUGUCAUGUACAUUUUUAAAUGCCUUGGAAAAUAUUGGUCAUAAAACCACUGAAAAAUUGAAUAAAUACCCGUUUUAAUAUUUUGCAACAAAAAUUGCCUAUUUCAAAAGGAAAUUACACAGUGGGUAAUAUUAAGAGCCCAAAUUUCAAAUUAAUAGCAUCCUGAGCAUAUUUCAACUGUUGUAACAAGUGCACAAGAAGUCAAACUUGAUAGAAAUUUGCUGUAUGGAAUUAGACUGUGCAAACAUUAACACUUAUUGACUUUCCAAACAAAGGGCUCGAAUCGAUGAGAAAGUUUUAAAAUGAUGUGGAGUUUGACCUCCUUCAGUCUCGUGCAAAAAAAGUACAUAUAAAAGAUGAUAACAUUGUAAUUCUUAUUGUCCAUUGUUAAAUGCAAAUAUUUUUGCAACAAAAUACAAAAAUUAUUUAAUUGAACAGGUUUACAAAAAUAUGCACACCCCUAAAAGAUUUAAGAGGCUCGAAUCAAGGAGAAAGCAGCAUAUUUGUUAGAAGGGAACGGUUUGCAUUAUGUUUUAGGCAAAAACACAGUUAAUGUCAAUAUUUGUUAGAAAUUUAAUAUAUACUAAAUGAUUACUACUGGUAUACAGUCAUAGGUAUGAAUCAUAUACUGACAUGAUUAUAUUGUAAAGUAUUCCUGUUACAUGCAUUCUCUGUUACAAAUUUUUGUGUGUUUUUUAUGCCCCCGAAGCGAGGCAUAUUAGUUUUCAACUGUCCGUCCGUCCGUUCAUUCGUUAGUUUGUUCGUUCGUCACAACGUUAACUUUUUGCAUGAAGGCACUUUACUCGCGAACCACUGACCCAGGACCUUCAAACUUCACAUGCUGAUAGUACUUAUUGAGUUAACGACCCCUACCGACUUUGGGGUCAAAGGUCAAGGUCACCAGGUCAAAGGUCAAGGCACUGCUGGGGCAUUUGUCACCAUUAGUGACAGCUCUUGUUUUUGUGUGUUUUAUUGCUUAAGCAGCUAUUUCAUGAUGAUAUGACUUUGUACAAUGAUAUUUAAAUUGUAAAUUGGGAAUUGUUUGGAUUUUUUUUAGAAAAUAAUUUUUAUUUAAAGGGAAUUCCUAUAGUUUUUUAUGCGCAUCUUUCUGCGCAGCCGACACUUUCUAUGGAAAACUGAACUGAAGUCAACAUUUGUUGAAACAUGUUACAGACAAUCUUAAAUAUGAGGAAUCUUGAAUGAAAUAACAUUUUGAUAAGUUAUAUCAGUAAUCAAAUGUUGAUACUGGUUUAUGUUGUAUUGACAAGUAUCAUGCCUGACAGGUAUCUUGCUAUUUUUGUGGUUGUGUUUUCACAUCGCAUUUUAGUAUAAGACAGUGUUGUUCAUAUAAUGUAAGAUAAUUGACUUAGUACUGAUAAGACAAUAUCACCUUUCAGAUAAUUUAGUAUGCAAUUAUUGAAAGAAUUAAGGAUUUUAAAAAAAAUAAAUAAACUUUUAGCAGACAUACAUGUAAUUAAUUUGGGCAGGUUCGUGCCAUUUCCGUCCGAACAGGUGUUGUAUUCUAGCGGUCUUAACAUAAAAUUUAGCCUGGUGACCCAUACAUUUUUAGCCAUUUUUAUGCUCACAAUACAAUUCUUUAUACACAAGAAAAAAAGGAAAAAAUUCUAUGAAAGAGUUUUUUCAAAAUUUAAAAAAAUAUUCUUCACUAUGGGUAUUUUUCAUUGAAAAAAGUUCACAAAAGUAAAUAUGAAACAAUAUUUUUUUUUCAUUUGUACCCAUCAUUGUAAGGAUAAGAGUAUUACAAAUAUGACUAUGAUAUCAAGUAAGUAUAUAAUAAAAUCUGUAAUAAGAAAAAACCCGUAUUGUGCUGCCUGGAUGUAUAUUUUGGUUGGUAUUUAUAAAAAAGCAGAAAAUUAUGAACAUGUUGAAAAAUCGCUGGCAGUUACAGCAACAGUGGGUGUGUUCAAAGCAAUUUUUCACAAAAACAAGCCUGGUGACCUAUUGUUUUUAUUUGUUCUUUGUUUUCAGCACACAUUUUCCUAUCAUAUAUGUGAAUUUAAAAAAAUUCUAUGAAAGGAAAACAACUAUAGGAAUUCUCUUUAAUAUGUGGAUUAAUGCAAUAAAGAAAUCCAUGAAAAAUAUGAAAAAUUACCCACAAUGCUCCUGGCAAAUGUUAAUGAUUUAAGACAGAUGUAAUUAGAAAUUAGGAACAAAAUGGAGAGUUUACAAAUACUUGUUAAAGGUUUUCUGAAAUUUCUCUCCACAGUUAUUUCUGGAUGUCCAUUAUGUGCAGACUUUUCAUCACAGCAGAACAACUUGAUUUGUUUUAUAAAUUUUUAUGUUGCCAUUUUUGUAAAAUAUAAAAUCAUGAAUUAAUGUGAAAUAAUGUUAACACAUGUAAAUAAAUGAUCAUUUUGUGAUUCAUAUAUGUUGUUCAUGAUUAAACAAUAGUCCAUUUACUGA